GCUUGAGAUGCUCUGAUGCUGCUGGCGGCGACUGAGGCUGCGCAGCAACCGCAACAGGUCGCGCCAGCAUUGCUGAGCAGAUAUAAAAACGACGAUCACGGUAAAAUAUUCAAUCAAAUUCACAAUCAAAUCAAGUUGUUCGUUCGCGCUCGGGCUCAAGAAAUUUUCGUUCUAUUAAUUAUUCAACAUUCCAACUACACUAAAAUGGGACGUUUUCGACAGCAGCCUACUAUACUCCUAGUAUUUUGUGUGCUGGCCCUGGGAAAAUGUGACUAUCAGGAAAAUAUGUUUCUCAAUGGUCAAUACCAAAGCGGCGUAAAGGAACUCCGGGAAACACAUUUUUCGGUAAACCCCACGUCGAACGUUUUCCUCAAGCACGCCAUUAUUAGCCGACAAGCUUCGCCAUUUCAAGGGCCUACCUAUUUGCCCCCCAAGGAGUAUUUAAAGUGUGCUCAGGGACAGCAGUGUGUUCGCCAAGGACAGUGCUUGAAUGGCUUCUUUAGCCAGCAAGUGCCACGGAUCCAAAACUGCGAACCGGAAACCGACACCUGCUGCACUUACCGACCUCCAUUAACAACAACCACAACGACAACCACCGCACUACCGUUCGCAUCCUGUGCUUUCGAUUCGGACUGUGUGGCACCGGAGAAUUGUCGCAGCGGCGAAAUCAUUGCCAUCAAUUACGUUAAGAAGCAAGGGCCCAACCGUUGCUACGAACCGGACGUUUGCUGCCGCAUGCCAUCGACCACACUAACAGAGGAUGGAUAUAUCUUUAACCUGCCCGAGAAAAACUUUCCGCUACCCACCAACCCAACAGUUCCCGCUGUUCGCACCACCCAGCCUGCGCGUCGCCCGCUGCCCACCACGGCACCUGUCACCAGGCCAACUAACGAAUACCUACCGCCUGAGACUACUCGGCGCCCCGCCUACCAACCCUUACAAACUACUCAGCGUUCUGUUUACCAACCACCUCCCACAACACCUCGCGCUGUGACGCAGUCCCCACGCCCCCAACCGACUCAAGUCCAGCCUUUGGCAACACGUCGCCCCAUCAACGGGUACCUUCCUCCAGUUUCGGUUAACGAAAUUCCGCACCGUGAAAAACCAGACUACGAACAGGAUCGUGUGCCCCAGCCCUCGAAUGAGAAGCCAAUCUAUCGCGGGGAGGACCAGCUUUCGCCUCAAAUCUUUCCAACACCUCAGACCGCAAACACUCCAAAACACUUCGCCAAAUGCGCCUCGGCUCUAGUCUGCACCUCCGAAAAUUACUGCAAUGCCAUCGGGGUACUUUCCGAUACUCCAGUCGAGCUAACUCCUAUGGAAGCUGCCUUCCGUGUUCCAUUAACCGACUGCCUCCAGACCGAGACCGGAACGCCUGGCAAAUGCUGCCGCGACCCGAAUUACGUUGACCCUUGGCCGGUAAAUUUGGCUGGCGUGUGCGCCACAAGAAACAAGCGCACCAAACCUACGGGAAUAAAGGAUCUGGAUGCCAACUUCGCCGAAAUCCCGUGGCAAGCUAUGAUUCUGCGCGAAUCUAGCAAGACAUUGCUUUGCGGCGGUGCUAUAAUCGGUGACGAAUUUGUGCUGACUUCCGCUAACUGCGUCAACGGAAUCCCAGUACCCGAUAUCCGCAUCAAAGCUGGUGAGUGGGAACUGGGCAGUACCAACGAGCCGUUACCGUUCCAGUUGACUGGCGCCAAGAGCAUCGACGUGCACCCAUCCUACGACCCCUCCAGCAACGUCAAUGAUUUGGCUAUUAUCCGACUCGAGAAGCGCCUGGAGUUUGCGACUCAUAUUCAACCUAUAUGCAUUAGCGACGAAGAUCCUAAGCCAUCGGAGCAAUGCGUUACCUCAGGAUGGGGAAAGCAGGCCUUAUCAAUCCAUGAGGAAGGCGCCAUCAUGCAUGUGACAGACACCACGGCCCAGGGCCGCAGUGAUUGUGGAGCCGAUGCAAGCAGCGUGUGCAGCGCCACAAAGUUCGACGCGUGCCAAUUUGAUGUGGGCAGCGCCCUCGCAUGUGGCAGCGGAUCCAAUGUCCGACUAAAGGGUAUCUUUGCCGGCGAGAGCUCUUGCGGGGAUGGACAAACAGUGCGAUUCGCUAAGCCCGACAUCAAGUGGAUUAACACAGCUUUCGCCGAUCGCAAUAAACCACUGCUGCUAAAACGUUUUUGAGCUCGAAGAGGUAAA